GUCAAUGACGGGCGCAACAGCUGUGUGUGUUAAUUAGAAAAUUAAAUACUAUAUAUGCGGAGAUUAGGUAUAACAAAUAUGCGAAAAUAUUAGUUUCGUGUGAAUUUGACAAAAUUGGAAAGUAAUUGAUCUGGAAUACAUUAUUAUAAAACUGGAUAUGCGCGUAACUGGCAGGCAGUCCAAUAUCGAAGCUCAAAGGCUUGGCGUUUGCGUAUGCCACUAGCCAAGUGUUCCAAUAGCGUUAAAUAUUUCGGUUAUUUACUUAUUUUAUACGUCUUCGUUAGUUCAUGCGCAAGUGCAUUGCACUGCAGUGUUCACUAAACCCACACACAUCCCGUAGGUGUAGUUGAUAAAGUCAAACACAGAAACAACAUCCAAAACAACAACAAAUUACAUACAUACAGUGAAAUGCAAAUUCAAAAUGAAUGACGAGGAAAACGCAAAGAAUGUGCCUGCAGCAGCCAAACAGCUGACUAACCCUCCGCCAGCACCAACGCUGACGGCGUCGGCCGCUUCCCUGGCCUCCGUGCGUUUGCCCAUUGUGGGCAUGACCUGUCAGUCAUGUGUUCGAAAUAUUGAAGGCAACAUUGGCCAGAAGCCUGGCGUGCUGUCGGCGCGUGUAGUGUUAGAGGAGCAUGCGGGCUAUUUUGAUUACGAUGCGACCACCACCAGCCCCACACAGAUUGCCUACGAAAUCGAUGAAAUGGGCUUUGAGUGCAGCUACCAGCCAUCGACCACACUCUCCAGCAAUUCAGGCACAACUAACAUACGCGUCCUGGGAAUGACCUGUCAGUCGUGUGUGCGCAACAUCGAAGGCAACAUUGGAACCAAGCCGGGCAUACGGCAAAUAAAAGUGGACCUGGAGGCGAAAAACGCUCGCGUCGAGUACGAUCCUAGCCAGCUAACACCCGCCGCCAUUGCUGAACUCAUCGACGACAUGGGCUUUGAGGCGAGCGUUGCCAAUGGGAAUUCCAAGGCGAGCACCCCCACAAAAACAACAAGUAGUCCUGCGCAACAGGUGGACGCACAAACAAAAGCCAAGGCGGCUACGCCCAGCAAAUCGCACACCAUUGCAAAUGGAACGGCCACAAUGGUGCCCGUGGAGCAGGAACUGCUAACCAAAUGCUUUCUUCAUAUACGGGGCAUGACCUGCGCCAGUUGUGUGGCCACAAUCGAGAAGCACUGUCGCAAGAUUUAUGGCCUAGACAGUAUUCUGGUGGCGUUGCUCGCCGCCAAGGCGGAAGUUAAAUACAAUGCCAAUGUGGUGAUGGCCGAGAAUAUAGCUAAGUCCAUUACCGAGCUGGGUUUCCCCACGGACCUCAUUGACGAGCCGGAGAACGGCGAAGCCGAAGUGGAGCUGGAAAUUAUGAACAUGACUUGUGCAUCCUGUGUCAGCAAAAUCGAGAAUCAUGUGCUUAAGCUGCCAGGCGUGACGGCAGCUGCGGUGACAUUACUAACGAAACGUGGCAAAUUCCGCUACAGCACUGAAAGCACUGGACCACGCAGCAUUUGUGAGGCGAUUGAGGAGCUUGGCUUUCAGGCCAAGCUGCUCACCGGUCGGGACAAGAUGGCGCACAACUAUCUGGAGCACAAGGAGGAGAUAAAAAAGUGGCGGAACGCCUUCCUAAUCUCGCUCAUUUUCGGCGGCCCCUGCAUGGUGGCCAUGAUCUACUUCAUGUUCGAAAUGAGCGACAAGGGGCAUGCGAACAUGUGCUGUCUGGUGCCAGGUCUAUCGAUGGAGAAUCUGGUAAUGUUCCUGCUCUCCACACCGGUGCAGUUCUUCGGCGGCUUCCACUUUUACGUGCAGUCCUAUCGAGCUAUCAGGCAUGGCACAACCAACAUGGAUGUGCUUAUAUCGAUGGUCACAACCAUCUCGUACGUCUACUCGGUAGCCGUGGUGAUUGCGGCGGUUCUUAUGGAGCAGAACUCCUCGCCACUGACCUUCUUCGACACGCCACCCAUGCUGCUGAUAUUCAUAUCACUGGGUCGCUGGCUGGAACACAUUGCCAAGGGCAAAACGUCGGAGGCGCUAUCGAAGCUGCUCUCGCUCAAGGCCGCCGAUGCAUUGCUCGUUGAGAUCUCCGCCGACUUCGACAUCAUUAGCGAGAAGACCAUUUCUGUGGACUACGUGCAGCGCGGCGACAUACUUAAGGUAAUACCGGGUGCGAAGGUGCCCGUCGACGGCAAGGUACUUUAUGGCCACUCCACAUGCGAUGAGUCGCUUAUCACGGGCGAGUCCAUGCCAGUGGCAAAGCGUAAGGGAGCGGUUGUUAUCGGCGGCUCGAUCAACCAGAAUGGCGUGCUGCUCGUGGAAGCGACCCAUACGGGCGAGAAUACGACGCUGGCACAGAUUGUGCGACUCGUGGAGGAGGCGCAAACAUCUAAGGCACCUAUUCAGCAGCUGGCGGAUCGCAUUGCGGGCUACUUUGUGCCCUUUGUUGUGGUCGUGUCCAGCAUAACACUUAUCGGUUGGAUUAUAGUGGGAUUUGCCAAUCCAGAUCUGGUGCCAGUGGCCAUGGAGCACAAAAUGCAUAUGGAUCGGAACACGAUUAUCGUCAGCUACGCCUUCAAGUGUGCCCUCAGUGUGCUGGCUAUCGCUUGUCCCUGCGCCUUAGGUCUAGCCACGCCCACGGCCGUCAUGGUGGCCACCGGCACGGGUGCCAUUAACGGCAUGCUGGUGAAGGGUGCCACAGCGCUGGAGAAUGCGCACAAAGUGAAGACUGUGGUGUUCGACAAGACCGGCACCAUAACGCACGGCACACCCAUGACAUCGAAGGUAACGAUGUUCGUGAAACCGCAAAUUUGCAGUCUGGCCCGUGCCUUGACGAUCAUUGGUGCGGCAGAGCAGAAUAGCGAGCAUCCCAUCGCCUCGGCCAUCGUGCACUUCGCCAAGGAUAUGCUGAGCGUGUCCACUUUCGGCAAAUCCUCGAACUUCCAGGCAGUGCCCGGCUGCGGAAUUCGCGUCAGCGUCUCCAACUACGAGCAGACCCUGCGCCAGGCAUGCAAUGCGGAGCGCAUCAUCAACUACGAGAAUCUGUGGCGCACCCACCAAAAUAGUGCCGUAAAUGUGGACAAUGGCACCACCAUCGAGGAGCUGAUACCGCAGCGGGACAUCCGUAAGUCCAUGGAGCUGGCCCAGCAGCAACUGCUUCAGAUAGAGCCGGGCGAUGGCGUGAACAGCGGCUUGCCGGCGCCACAGCUCAUCGAUGGCCACGAGAUACACGUGCUGAUUGGCAAUCGGGAGUGGAUGCAUCGGAAUGGUAUUGAGGUGCCGCUCGAGAUAAGCGAUUGCAUGACGCGCGAGGAGGACAAGGGACAUACGGCGGUGCUGUGCGCACUCAACGGGCAGCUGGUGUGUAUGUUCGCCGUCUCGGACAUGGUCAAGCCGGAAGCGCAUCUGGCGGUCUACACACUGAAGCGCAUGGGCAUUGAUGUGGUGCUGUUGACGGGCGACAACAAGAACACGGCGGCGAGCAUAGCUCGAGAGGUGGGGAUACGGACCGUCUAUGCGGAGGUGCUGCCCUCACACAAGGUGGCCAAGAUUCAGCGCAUUCAACAGCACGGCGUGCGCGUGGCAAUGGUGGGCGACGGCGUUAACGAUAGUCCAGCGCUGGCGCAGGCAGACGUUGGCAUUACGAUUGCCUCCGGCACGGAUGUGGCUGCCGAGGCCUCCGACAUAGUGCUCAUGCGCAACGAUCUGCUGGAUGUGGUGGCCUGCCUUGACUUGUCACGCUGCACCGUCCGCCGCAUACGUUACAACUUCCUGUUCGCCAGCAUGUACAAUCUGCUGGGCAUCCCAUUGGCCUCGGGCCUAUUCGCACCUUUCGGCUUUACGCUUCAGCCCUGGAUGGCCUCGGUGGCCAUGGCCGCCAGUUCAGUGAGUGUGGUCUGUUCCUCGUUGCUGUUAAAGCUGUACAAGAAGCCGACGGCGAAAACGCUGCGCACAUCCGAGUACGAGGCGCACUUAGCUGCGGAGCGUGCGCGACGCAACUCCGAGUCCGAACUGGACAAUCUGUCGCUGCAUCGCGGCAUCGAUGAUCUACCAGCUCCACCCGGCAGUCGGCUUAACUUUAAGCGUUCCAACACCUCCCUCAUCUCGCGCAUUUUCCUUUCGAGCAACGCCGUCGGCGCCUCCAAGCACGAGGAGGGUCUGUUGGAGCCCGACGAGAAUUUGGGCUACCGUGUGCCCAAAAUCGUCAAGUCCAAGUAUCUCAGUGACAGUACCGAGCUGCAAAAGCUUUAAAGAUGGCCCCCCAAACUGAAGUUAGUGGGAACUCUCCAAUGCGCGACAAAAGACGCAAAAAUUUACAGUGAAAUGUGAAAUGACUUUUAGGUAUACACACAUACUAUAUGCAUACAUAUAUCAGAUAAUAAAUCGAAAAGGCAUACCUUUAUAUACAUACAUCCAUAUCUACACUUGUAUAUGUAAGUAUAUUCUGACGACAGCUUCAUGUGGAUGCUUAAGUACAUACACAUAUACUCGUACAUAUGUAUAAAUAUAUCCCAGCUACAUCUAUACUGGCGACGUUUCAUUUCUGUAAAAUAAAUACAUGCAAGGACACGCCCUCACUCAUACACACACACACACACUUCCAUGUUAAUUGGUAUAAGGCCUUUCUAAACUUAGUUAUCCAAAAUGUAUUUUCUGUUAGCAUAGUUAUUGUUUUUUUUUUGUUUUUUUUUUUUGUUUUUUUAAUACUUUAUGUACAUUGUGUUGUAACAACAACGAAAGUGUGGAAGAAGAAAGAUAUUGCGCCUUUUUACAAUUAAUAAUAAUUAAUUAAUUUUUCCAUUAUAUAUGCAUACAAAAAUAUACAUGUGUAAAAGCGAAUUAAUUAAUGUUAAGUUUAUCUGAACAAAGGCAAAUCCAGAAGGCCGCAAAUCGUUAUUGACCAAAUAAAAUAAGUCAAAAUACAAAUAAUAAUGAUAAAUACUAUUGUUGCUUAGUUGAUACGAGUACAUAAUACAGACCUUAACUGUUCUCUGGCCCAUAUCUGUUUUCAAAAUCGAAACCAUUUCACACAUAAUCAAUAUACUUGUAAUAAUAACAAUAAGAAAUGCUCGACCCUGUUAGUAGUCCCCAUACAAGCAUCUGUAUAAAAACUGUGUGUUGCUCAAGGCUAAAAAAAAAUUGUUAAACAAAAACUCGCUAAAAUAAAGAUAAUUGUUAUUGUAAA